AUGCGCCUCUCCUCCCUCUUCCUCCUCCCCACCCUCCUAGCCACCACAGCCAUAUGCGCCCCCGAACCCAUCCCCAAUGUGAACCUCAACGACAACAACCUCGUCGCUCUCGCGCAAGCCUUAAAACCCUCCCUCCCCACACAAACCCAACCACCUCCCAACCUAGAGAGCGUCUCCCCGCCACCACACGCCGUCGUGCAUCAAGUCAUCACAGCCGUUCCUCCCACAGCGCUCGCGCAGCUCUUCGUGCCCGCGAAGCGCGUCGCCAUGGCGAGUGAGUUCAGCGCCGGAAAUACCCCCGAGUGGUAUAAGGCGCUGCCGACGGACGUGCAGAGCUAUUUUGCUGAGGUGAAGAGGCAGAUUGUGGCGACGGGGGUGGGUGAGGCGAAGGCUGCGGAGGAGACGAAGUCGAGUGGUGGUAGUGUUUCUGCUGAGGUGAGUGGGUGGUUGGUUGGGUUGGUUGGUGCUGUUGCUGUUGUUGGGGGGGUUGUGGUUUAG